UCUGAUUCCAUUCUGCAUUCUCAUGUGCACAACUAGCAGAUAUGUUUGAAGUAAAUUGAGUCAGCUAAAAAGCCCAAGAAACUGGAUAACCCUCUGAAAUUCCAAAAAACUCCAGUAGAUCAUUAAAACUCAUAGCAACCAGCUGAUGGGUAAAAAGCCAAUGGACAAGCAAGAACACAAAAACUCCUUGUGUUUUUAGAUAUCUUCACUACAUCAUAAUACCUAAAGAGUCAACUGGAUACAGAAAACUAACAUGGCUGCCCUCAUUGCUGAAAACUUCCGUUUUCUCUCACUCUUCUUCAAGAGCAAAGAUGUGAUGAUUUUCAAUGGUCUAGUGGCCCUGGGCACUGUUGGGAGUCAGGAACUUUUCUCUGUGGUUGCUUUCCAUUGCCCAUGCUCCCCAGCUAGGAACUACAUCUAUGGUCUGGCUGCCAUUGGUGUACCAGCCUUGGCCUUAUUUGUCAUUGGUAUCAUCUGGAACCACCACACUUGGAACUUGGUGGCCGAAUGCCACAAGCGAGGAACUAAGAACUUUUCAGCAGCAGCCAACUUCUUGAUCUUUGGCUCUGUCAUGGGACGGGCAGCAGUGGCUCCUGUCACAUGGUCAGUGAUCUCGCUGCUUCGCGGAGAGGCCUAUGUGUGUGCCUUGAGUGAAUUCAUAGAUCCCGCCUCCCUAAAUAAUUUUCCACCCGGCUACGGAGCAGACACUAUGGCCAGGUUCCCUUGUGAUGAUGUUCCAGGGAAUGUGACAAGAUUUAAAGAUGAAGUUAUAAGGCGAUUAAAGUAUGAGUCUCAGCUAUUUGGAUGGAUGCUCAUUGGUGUUGUUGCAGUUCUUGUGUUCAUCACCAAGUGCCUGAAACACUGCUGUUCACCUCUCAGUUACCGCCAAGAAGCCUACUGGGAUCAAUACCGCUCCAGUGAGAUCCGGCUCUUCCAUCGCACUGCUGAGAUACAUGCCAAGAUCAUGGCUGCCAAUAACGUCAAGAAUUUCUUCGGCUUUGUGCAAUUAGACAAGGAAGAGCAGGAACAGGUCCAACAGUUUGUGGUGACCAAUGUCCAGCCCAGGCCACAAUGGGAUGCCAUCACUGGAGUCUAUAUCUAUCGGGAGAACAAUGGCUUUCCCCUCUACAGUCGUCUCCAUAAAUGGGCCAAAAACGUGACAGGAAACAGCUUAGGUCCUGACAGCCAGGAAACUGCCUUUUUAGCUACCUAAUAUAAUAGAGGCUGCAAUGUUAUACCUGAUAGUAAGUCCCACUGAAUGACUUGGGAGUCACUGCUGAGGAGACAUGCUCAAAUUGCCCUAUGAGAGUGUCCAAUAUUCAUAGUAUCUCCAUGAUUUAAAUUAUCUCCAUUUUAUGUACUGACCAGACUCUUGGUACUCAUUAAUUGCAUGGGAAUUAAAAUCCAAGAAACACAAAUGAACUAGAUGUCAUCCCAGGAAUAGAUGUCAAAUCUUGGAAGUUCACCUGCAGAGUGCUGCCCAGACAGACAGAACAAUACCUAAAGAAGAUAAAGGAUGGGGGCAUAUCUUGCUGCUCUGAUGCACAGAGAAAGUCUCCCAAAGCGGUAUUUCUAUGCACAAAAGAGAAUAUAAACUGGAUGUUCAAUUAUGUAAAGGGACCUGCCACAAUGUUUCCCCUCACUUUUCAGAGAAAACAAUACCAUCAGGAGGCCUUGCCUUUAUUAUAGUUACUACUACCUCAUCUUACACUUCCUUGACCUACUUCCUCUGAAAACAGCACACUUCAUGUAAACACCACAGAGAAAAUUAAAAUGUCAACAAGCAACAAAAUUAGAUGGAUCAGAGGGCUAACUCAGGAACUUUUCUUCCUGCCGUUGGACUCAAGUACUGCCUGCAACAUUUCUUUUUUGGAAUACAAUUCCCAGAAUCCCCCAGUCAUUUGGUUGGGGAUUCUGGUAGUUAUAUUAAAAAGUAAUUUUCCCAAGCUCUGAUUCCAGAUAUGGGAAGAUGGGACUGGCUCCAUUCUGCUUCUCCAAGGAACAGUUGUUCUGCUUUUCCUCUACUGGGUUUUUUAAAAAGACUUGUCUAGACUGAAUUAUCUUCAUUAAUGGACAGCUUGGAAAGGAAGAUAUUGCACUGGGCAGAUCAAUUUUCUAUAUAUCAUCCUUGCAAAUGAAGGUAUCUGUUCUCUACUUUGGAUGGCAGCAGCAACAUUGCCUCCAUCCGUUGGUCUAACAAUGUACAGUGGCCUUUAUACAAGCUUCACAAUAGUCUGAAGGCCAGCUAGGGUCGUCAAGUAAAAUAAAGGACAAGGCUCCUGUAACCUAAAUAAAUGCAAGAAACACCUGCUGAAAUUCCAUCUUCUGCAAAUGCAUUAAAGCUACAGGAAUCAUCCCUUAUUUUACCUGGCAACCCUAGGGCCAGCUUUUUAUAACAAUAAAACAAAACGUAUGUAUGCAGCUGAAUGUAAAAGCAGCUAUUCUUAGGGACUGUCACCAAAACUUGGGCUUGCUGUACACUCUCAGCCUUAGAAGGAGACAAAAGCAAAUCCACUCUGAAUAAACCUUGCUGAGAAAACCCCCUGAUAAGGUCACCAUAAAUCAGAAACGACGUAAAGGCACACAACAACAAAUUACAUGAGCAGUAGGAUAGCAUUUCCCUGAAUGAGUGAAUGUAUUUUCCCCACCUUUUAAAAUUUUAGAUUUGAAUCCAAGGGCUAACUCUAAAUGUUAGUCCCAUCUAAAGACAUUGAAUCGAUUGCAUUUACAAUUGCUGGUUUACCUUUCAGCAAUUUAUUCAGUGGGUCUUCUCCAGUUAGGAAUAGCAACUGGAUUUUGCUAUAAAUCUCUAAUAGGAUUGCCAGGUGAAAUAAGGAACAGGCCUUGUUCAAUAAGCAACCCCUGCUACAAUUCCCUCUUCUGUACAACCAUUAAAGGGAUAGGAACAUUGUCCCUUAUUUCCCCUAACAACUCUAGUCUCUGAUUCACUUCUUUGAAAUGGGAGAUGUAGCAGAUGGUAGUGAUUUUAAAUCACCUACAUCUCCUCUGUACUAUGGAAUGUGGUGUACCUGCUUCAUGUAGUUGUUACAUUGUUGUUGCACUUAGGUGCAGAUUUUAUCUUUGGGUAUUAAACUAAUUUCACCCCAUUCUAGCUAAUUCAUAUGGCAGAAGUGAACAUGUGCUCCGAUAUAAAUAACUUUGGGCAGGUUAAUUAUAUUGCUCUUUGACUUUGCAUCUUCUAUGCAAGGCAAUAUCCAUAUUUAGCCACACUUUGCUACAGGAACUAGUUUAGAAUAAUAAUAAUAAUAAUUUUUAUUUAUAGACCGCUAUUCCGAAAUGA